AUGCCGAACGGCAUUUUAGCGCAGUCUCCGGAACAGAAGAGUCUCCCUUCAAAGUAUGGGUCUCCACAGUGCACGCAAGUAGCCGUCUUGUUUCGCAGUGAUUCUGCUUGGAAUCCUUCCCGUCUCAAGCGAGUAGCGUCGCGAUGCACUUUUGGAGGUGAAAAGCUGCGGCUCAAGGCCGAGCUGUUUCGGUUCAAUCAGAUCGACGACGUGGCCAAAUCCAUGGAAGUUCCUGUGGGCGUGAGCUACCAUCGCGAAUCACAGCUUGCGACGUGUACAGACCUAUCAGCACGUCCUUAUCGACAGGGGUCAAGGGUCGCUGGUCCCAGUAUCGAUUGA